AUGCGAUGCACACGAAAGGAGAGCUCGACUAACUCUCCGUGCGAUCGCUGCGUGCGCAACCAACGCGCGUGCGUGAUUCCUCCAGCACGGCCUCUGGGCCGCAAACCGGGGGCAGUCGGCCGCUUCUCAGGCAUCGAAAAAGCUUACCGCCAGAUUCAGGCAGAACUCCGCAAGGGCCCCGGUUCGACCUCGUUGCCUAAGGCCACCAUCUCCCCCGUCCCCCAGCCAUCGGUAUCUACAUCGCAUGAGGCCCUCUCGCAACAUUCCCUUCAGCCCGUGAGCAAUCCGCUUGCACUACUAGCCGAUGCCUCUGAACCUCUUCAUACGAGUGAAUCACAGCCAUCAAAGGAACUUACCGAGCCCGGCAGAGGGAGGGACCUGCUAUCUCGGCCAGGCUAUGUCUCCUUGGGUCUGCACCUCAGUCGAGAAACCCUCGAGACGGGCCUGGAUACUCUUUUUGCGUCUACUUCCAAGACUGGGAGAAACGUGGACUAUUUCAAGCAACCAAGUCCGACCGCAUUUCGUGAUGUCGGGCCCGAUCUCGAUCCAGUGGAUUUGGGCCUGGUCACAAUGGAAGAAGCCCACGCGUUGUUUCCGAUUUAUUUUGCUCGUCUUCACCCCGUCAACGGCAUUCUAGAUCCCUUGCUACACACCCCGGAGUUUGUCCGGUCGCAGUCCGCUCUCCUCUUCACCUGGAUCUUGGCGCUUACUGCGCAAUUCGACCGGACGCAUUCCUCGUUGGCAAGGCGUCUGCAGCUCCAUGGAGAGAAGCUAUCCCGGCAUGUUCAUACCUGUGGGUUGAAGUCGGUUGAGAUUGUGCAAGGGUAUUACAUCUCUCUACUUUCUGCCACCCCAGCAAAAUCACUAGCCGAAGAGAGGACCUGGCUCUACACAAUGUACGCUUUUGGGACUGCAGCAGAGCUUGGGCUAGAUCAACACUCGAGGCCAUUCGGGCAGCUCAUGGACUCCACCGAGAGCACUUAUCGUCAACGGCUCAUCAGAAACAAAGAGCGCACAUGGUUUCGAAUACUACUCUGGGAGCGAGCGAACAGCGCUGCGCGUGGACGCAUCAACCCCUUUCCCGAUACCGAGCUGAUCGCAAACAUCGAGGCCUGGUGGAAGCAUCCGCUAGCAGACGCAACCGACAAGCAUACGUGUGCCUUCAUCCUACUGCGUCGUCACCUGGCCUCUAUCCAUGCUGACUUGCGGACCCAGAGAAAAGCAACACCGGAUGAUCCGCACUGGGUGAAAAGACUUGUCGACGACGCGCUGGAAAUGUGGUGUAUCGAGUGGCUUCCGGUACCGUACAGUGCGGCAGAGCCUUCUGAACAACUUGCGACAAUAUUCCUCUACUACGUAUACCUUCACAACCGAUUAUGGAUCCUGUCAUUUGCUCUUCAAGCAAGUCAAAGCGGCAAUCGGCAUAUUGAGACCAUCCGACAAGAUUGCCUGCAAGCUGCAAUUCAUACCUGCGAAGUUGCAGUGCGCGAUUUACGGAUGGUAGGCGAGCCACUCUACUGCAUGCUUGCACCAACAUGGGCUAUGAUCUCCUACGCCGCGGUUCUGGCCUUGAAGCUGUUUCCCUUGGUGUACGGGAUUCUACCAGGAAGGGAUACUGAAUUACUUGCCCUCCUUUCGCAGGUUGCAUUACAGCUCGAGCGCGCAGGGACUACACCAUCACAUCGCUUUGGUAUUGCCGCCUUGCUGGGGGAACAUCUCCUGGGUAUUCAUGAGCCAGUGAAGGGUCUCCACCCCAGGCAUACCUCGGGCUAUCCUACCCCAUCACCAGUUGUCAGCAACACGCCGGCAAACAAUCUUCAGGACCCAGUUUAUGACUCCUUGCUCACGGAUACCACAAUAGCUAUGGGCUCUGACUUGACUGGUGACAGCUUCAGUGAUCUCUUUAGGGAAAUCUUCGGACCGGGUUUCGCAGACUUCUUUUGAUUCCUUAUUCUGGCGACAUUACUGCUCAAGCAGCAAGUCCGGUCUGAAGCGGUCCCCCGGAUGAAUAUAACGCAACAGAAUCGGCUCAAUUUAUCUAUUCUAGAAAUACGGGAUAAUAGCUCCCAUAGCGGAAUGAAGGAAUGUCUAUCAGUCUUUGGAUAC